ACGCUAUCUAGCCUAACCGUCGGGGAAUUUUGACUACAUAUCGGUGCGUAGGCUGCACUCGCAAGCCUUUAACUUUUCACUCGUGUUAGCUCCGUUUCCACAAAACUUUAAUCAUGCCUAAGAAGUCGAAGAAGUCGAAGUCAAAGCGCAUGACGCUUAAGCAAAAGUAUAAGAUUAUUCGCAAGGUUAAGGAGCAUCAUCGGAAAAUCCGCAAGGAGGAGCGAAAGGCUGCCAAGAGCGGCAAGAAGAAGAAGGUCGUCAAGGAUCCUGGCCUGCCAUCCCAGUGGCCUUACAAGGAGGAGCUCGUCAAGGAGUUUGCUUUCCUGCGAGCGAAGGCCCUAGCGGAUGAGAAGCGGAAGAAGGAGGAGCGGAAGUUGGCGCGCCAGGCCCAGGAUGCUGCUGCCAUGGAUGUGGAGGGUGGGGGCGACCCGGGCUCGCUUCUGGCUCUAGCCCGGCUCCAGGCGGCUGCAGCGGGCAAGCAGGCGGACUUUGAGUCACGCAAGCGCGCUCGCCUCACAGAGGAGUUCAACAGCGACCAAGACAACAGCCGCAAGGCCUUUUACCGCGAGUUCCGGCGCGUGGUGGAGUCCUCUGACGUGAUCAUCCAGGUUCUGGACGCGCGCGACCCGCUGGCCUGCCGCUGCCCCGACGUGGAGCGCUACAUCCGGCAGACCAACCCCAACAAGAAGAUCAUCCUGCUGCUCAACAAGAUGGACCUUGUCCCCCGGGAGGUGGGCGAGCGGUGGCUCAAGUACUUCCGCGAGGAGCUGCCCACGGUGGCCUUCAAGUGCUCCACGCAGCAGCAGGACCGCGGACUGGGGCAGAAGAAGAUGAACCUGGCGGGGGCGGCAGGCGGCAAGGGAGGCCUGGCAGGGGGGGCUGGAGGCAGCGGGGGAGCGGGAGCGGGAGCGGGGGCGUCGUUGGGCGCUUCGAGUGCGUGUUUGGGUGCUGACACGCUGUUGCAGCUGCUUAAGAACUACACGCGCAAUGCGGGGAUCAAGACGGCGAUCACGGUGGGAGUGGUGGGGCUGCCCAAUGUGGGCAAGAGUUCGCUGAUCAACUCGCUCAAGCGCGCGAGGGUGGCGCAGGUCGGCAACACCCCCGGUGUCACCAAGUCGGUUCAGGAGGUGGUGCUGGACAAGCACAUCAAGCUGCUGGACAGCCCGGGUGUGGUGUUUGCGUCGGCGGAGAACGACGCGGCGGCGGCACUGCGGAACGCCAUCAAGAUUGAGAAGCUGUCGGACCCGCUGUCCCCUGUGGCUGAGAUCCUGAAGCGGGUGCCGGCCAAGCAGCUCAUGAUGCUGUACAAGAUUCAGACCUUCUCCACCCCGGAGGAGUUCCUGCACCUCAUCGCGCUGGCUCGCGGCAAGCUGCGCCGCGGCGGCACCCCCGACUCGCCCGCCGCCGCGCGCAUCGUGCUGCAGGACUGGAACGACGGCCGCAUCCCCUACUACACCUCCCCGCCCGAGCGACCCAAGACCGGGCUGGAGGAGGCGCAGGUGGUUGUCUCCUACUCUGCCGAGUUCAACGCGGACGAGGUGUUUGCCAACGAGCGCUCCGCCGUCAUUGCGCACCUGCCCUCCCUGGAGGAGGGGGCGGCGGGCGGCGCAGUGGGCUUCUUCGAGGCGCCCUCGGCGGGGGCGGCGCGGGCGGACCUGGAGGCCAUGGAGGCGGACGAUGCGGAGGAGGAGGCUGAGGAGGAGGCGGGGCCGACGGGCAUGGAGGACGACGAGGGCGACAUGCUGGCAGCGGCGGCGGCGGCUCUGAAGCGGCGGGAAGCUGCCAAGGCCGCAGCGGCCAGCGGUGCCUCCGCGCAGAACGCGGCCCUGUACGGCGAGGAUGGGCAGUUCAACCCGCAUGCGGCUAGAGAGCAGCGCAAGCGGCUAAAGAAGGGGAAGGAGGAGGGUCCGUCUGCCUCGUCUAAGAAGUCUGCGCACCCGUACGGCGGGGAUAGCGAGGAUGGGGACUUUGAUUUCGAC